GCAGUAUCACGAAAGCAGGACUUCGUGUCUGAGACUCGAUUGCUCAAGUCUCAAUUCUGAGGAGCUUUUUUUCGAUACCGGCAUCUUUUUAUUUCUCCUCUCUCCCUUUCGUCUCGCUUUUAUUUCUCUUCUUGACCUCGGUAUAAACCACGGCACAAUGACCGGAGAUCACGGACACCACCAGGUGGAGUCUGGCUCUCGACUAAACGAUUCCCACAAACAUAAAGACAAGCAUAAAGACAAAGAGCACAGGCACAAAGACCAUAAGAAAGACAAAGAGCGUGAAAAGUCCAAGUACACUAACAGUGAGCACAGAGACUCGUCUGAGAAGAAGCACAAGGACCGCGAGAAAGAGCGAGUGAAACACAGGGAGGACAGCAGCGAGAGACACAAAGAAAAGAAGAGAGAGGAGAAGAUUAAAUCCCACAGCUCUAAUGGGAAGCAUAAGCGAGAGAAGGAGAACGGCUACGUCAGUCACAUAAAAACGGAGCCGGACAGCCUCUUCUUCCCGAAGCCAGAGAAGACGGUGAAGAGAGAGAGAGACGAUGACGAAUUCGAGUACAAACCUAAAAAGAUCAAAGUGGAGAAGGAGAAUAAGGUGAAGAAACGAAAGCAGGAGGAAGACUACGAUGACUACGAAGAGGAAGAGGACAUCAAGCCGAAAAAGAAAUCGAAAGUUAAGAAAGAAGAUUCGACUGGAGGAAAGAAGAAGGGCAAGAAGGAGCCGGAGGAGAAAUGGAAAUGGUGGGAGGAAGAGAGAUACACAGACGGCUCCAAAUGGAGGUUCCUGGAACAUAAAGGUCCCGUCUUCGCUCCUCCGUACGAGCGACUUCCGGAAAACGUCAGGUUUUAUUACGACGGAAAGCCCAUGAAGCUGAGCGAGUCAGCAGAGGAAGUGGCAACCUUCUUCGCCAAAAUGCUUGACCACGAAUACACAACCAAGGACAUAUUUAGGAAAAACUUCUUCAAAGACUGGAGGAAGGAAAUGACCUCAGAGGAGAAGUCCAGGAUUUCUGAUCUGAACAAAUGUAACUUCACUGAGAUGAGCGAAUACUUCAAAGCGCAAUCCGAGGCUCGGAAACAGAUGACGAAGGAAGAGAAACUGAAAAUCAAAGAAGAGAACGAGCGGUUGGUGGGAGAAUACGGCUUCUGUCUGAUGGACAACCACAAAGAGCGCAUCGGAAACUUCCGGAUCGAGCCUCCUGGACUUUUCCGAGGUCGAGGAGACCACCCGAAGAUGGGCAUGCUGAAGCGGCGCAUUCGCCCCGAGGACGUCAUCAUCAACUGCAGCAAGGACUCGAAGCAUCCCAAACCUCCUCCAGGUUCCAAGUGGAAAGAGGUUCGUCAUGAUAACAAAGUGACAUGGCUGGCAUCGUGGACAGAGAACAUCCAAGGCUCCAUUAAGUACAUCAUGCUGAAUCCCAGCUCGCGGAUCAAGGGAGAGAAAGACUGGCAGAAGUACGAGACGGCGCGCAGGCUGAAGAAGUGUGUGGAGAAAAUUCGAUCACAGUACCGUGAAGACUGGAAGAGUAAAGAGAUGCGAAUCCGACAGAGAGCCGUCGCUCUGUACUUCAUCGAUAAGUUGGCUCUGAGGGCAGGUAAUGAGAAGGAGGAGGGCGAGAGUGCUGACACUGUGGGCUGCUGCUCUCUGCGGGUGGAGCAUGUGAACCUUCACCCUGAGAUGGACGGUCAGGAGUACGUGGUGGAGCUCGACUUCCUGGGAAAAGACUCCAUCCGCUACUACAACAAGAUCCCUGUGGAGAAGAGGGUCUUUAAAAACCUGCAGUUGUUCCUGGAGAACAAGCAGCCGGAAGACGACGUCUUCGACAGACUUAAUACGUCCAUUUUGAACAAACAUCUCCAGGAGCUGAUGGACGGAUUAACGGCCAAAGUGUUUCGUACCUACAACGCCUCCAUCACCUUACAGCAGCAGCUCAAAGAGCUCACUAACCCUGAAGAUAACGUUCCAGCGAAGAUCCUGUCCUACAACCGAGCUAACCGUGCUGUUGCGAUCCUGUGUAACCACCAGAGGGCGCCGCCCAAAACCUUUGAGAAGUCCAUGCAGAACCUGCAGGCCAAAAUCGAUGCGAAAAAGGAGCAGCUUUCUGCAGCCAAGAAAGAGCUGAAGUCGGCCAAAGCAGAUGCCAAGGCCAUGCACGACGAGAAGAGCAAAAAGGCUGUGGAGACGAAGAAGAAGGCGGUCCAGAGGCUGUCUGAGCAGCUGAUGAAGCUGGAGGUGCAGGCCACCGACCGCGAGGAGAACAAACAGAUCGCUUUGGGAACUUCCAAGCUCAACUACCUGGACCCACGCAUCUCUGUCACCUGGUGUAAAAAAUGGGGAAUCCCCAUCGAAAAGAUCUACAAUAAAACCCAGCGGGAGAAGUUCGCCUGGGCCAUCGACAUGGCCGACAACGACUACGAGUUUUAAAGAAACAAAACGCGGCGUUUUACAACUUUACAAGGGUUAGCGUUUGUCCAUCGAAUCCAGCGUGUGUCUGACCGCGUAAAAGCAACGUGAGGAAACAAAACUGGACUUUUUUAAAACACACACACAAGAAAUUCCCUAGAAACAAUCCAGCCGAUGAAACGACGAGUCCGAGACCUGAGCGUGGAUCCCUGAGGAGAACCGCGGCCACUUCGCUCACACACACACACACACACACACACUCGCUUCUGGGGUUUUUAAGCAUCUUGGUGAGGUUUUAGCCGUCUGCUUUAUCGACGAAUUCUAUAUUUUAAUAUAAGAAAUAAAUCAGAGUUGUUUUAAGAGGCACGUCAGGAACCGAGCUACGGAAAGCCAUUCGGGAAAAACUCCAGUGUUUUUAAACUCCAGCAAGACAAAAUCGACCACGUAACCGAAUCUGUCACCCAGGGAUGCACCAGUCCAGUGUUUUUACUUUUAAUCACCGCUCCGAGAAUCGCCCCCAGACUCCACACACACACACACACACACACCCCCGUACUGAGCCCAUCACGUUUAUUAAGCAGUAUAAUUACAAUUGUCUUUUUUUUUUUCUUUUCCUUUAAUGUGAGUCACUGAGCCAGAACAAUAACACGAAGUGAUGAGAAUCUCCAAACACACCACAAGCUGAGUCAACUGCAUUUAAUACAAAUAGGAAAAAAAUAGGUUUUUUUUUCCUUUUUAAUUUUAUAUAUAUAUAUAUAUAUAUAUAUAUAUAUAUAUAUAUAUAUAUAUAUAUAAUUUUUAUUUUUAAUUAAACUUUUCGUUUUAAACUAUUUUUAACAUUAAGGAAAAAAGUAGUGGUUUAAAAAUAAGAAACCGUUCCAACUUUUUAGAUCAGAUAACGUACUGUAUUGUAAUUAAAGACAAUAUUCACAGAAACUUACCAUAAAUUAAAAUGACAUACUUUUUUUUUUGCUCUAUAUUUAAAUGUAACAAAACUUAGUGAAUGCAGCAGAAUUAAUUUUUUUUUUCAUUAAACAGAAACGAUUAAAAAAACAAAAAAAAAAAAACAAACAAAAAACUGAAAUAUCGAUCCAUAAACACAGGAGCGUUUCUCGGCUUCGGAUAAUAAACCGUAUCGUGUUUUUAACAGUUUUAUUGUUUUUGUUUUUAUUUUCUUUCUCUUUUCUCGUUCGUCGGAGAAAUAAAUAUUUCGAUCUCGAUCCGUGAUGUGGCGUUGGUGCAUCCCUACUUUUUUUCUUUUCUUUUUAUUUUAUGUUCAUUAUUAUAAUUAUUUUUUUUUUAAAUAUAUAUAUGAAUUUUUCUUUGUUUCUAUCAGGGAUGUACAUUUCAUUUUUGCGAACAUGUGAAAGGGGCGACGUUCCGUGUUAACGCUGACGCUGUAGCGAAUUAAUUUUACUUUGUUUUGGGGUUUUUUUUUGUUUGUUUGUUUGUUUUCUGUGCAGAACGAUUUCUGUUUUUGGUUUUUUUUUUUUCCUCUGCAGUACAGUUACUACACACUUACUUGAAACAUGGCUGGGUGAGACGUGUAUACACACACACACACACACGCGCACACACACGUGAUUAAACAUGAAGAACUGGUUUCUCUAUAUAUGUGAGAUGCAAUUUUUUUUGCCAAAUGAAUAGAGACGUGUAUGAAAUGCAGUGUACAUGCGGAAGAUCUUUGUAAAGAAUUAGGAACAAAAGUGUCCGAAGUUAACUUUUUAAUGUGAGGCUCUGCACUUAUUUAUAGCUGUUAGAAAGUGUGCUAAAGCUAACUUCAACAUUUUUACCACAUUUAGCCUUAAGCAAUCAUGUUUUAUUAUUUUUAAUAUCGAUCUGCGUUGUUUUACGGAUAAUAAACCAUGACACUCUUCUCUUAUUCUCUCCUUUUCCUUCACAUCCGCGUUCAUCCUGACGUCUUGCUUUUGUGUAUUUUCUGUUUUCAGAAUUUAAAUAAACUUUGUAUUGCAAUAA